AAACGCAGCGCUGCUUUACAACACUGCGAAUUACCGAACUUGAACAACGUUGCCAGAGUUGCAACUUUGCAGCUUUCGCAAGCAAGAAUUGAUAAACGAAAAAGGAGAGCGAAAUUCAACGACUCUUACAAAAAGAAAAACAAAAUCAUAUGGGGCAGAAAAAUUAGUUACAAAAACAAAAGCACUAGAGCACAAAUGAACGGCAACGCGUAACAGACAAAAGCAGAAGCCGAUAAAAAGCCACCCUUACGACGGGCGCCGCGUUGCCAGGCGUCAGACGGCAGGCGGCUGGCAUCGGGCAGCUUUUCUAAGGGUUCGCAUUCAGUUGAACAGCAAACUUCGAAGCGUACGGUUCGCAGUUCGGUUGCGUUUCUAUUUUCUCCAACAAUUUUCAGCUAACUUCUCACACACUUACACCGAUACCGUUGAUAGCGACAGGCCAGCCAACCAGCAGACAGAAUAUUCGCUCAUACACAGUGCUUGCGCGUAUGUGUGUGUGCGUGUAGGCUCGCGUUCGUGUUAGUGCAUAUGUGUGUGUGCUUGUGUUGAGUGUGUGUGUGUUUUUCUCGACAUUGUCGACGUUCUCCUCAAACCAAACACGUUAAAAAAAAAGUAGAUAUAUAUAUAAAAAAAAGUGCAAAGAUGGCCGAAAAUUGUCCAAAAUGCAAAAAAUCAAUCAACUCGAAGGAUGCAAUCAUCAUCUGCAAUUCGGACGACUGCCUGAAGAAGUUCCAUCGCACGUGCGUCAAUAUAGACGAUGCGAUGUACGAUUUGAUACAGAAGAACCCAAUGAUAUCGUUUAACUGUGAUGAGUGCAGAAAUCAAUCACCGAAGGCGCUGUCCGCCAAGCUGCACACCAUCGAGGAGAAGGUGAACAAGGUGUGCAACGGCGUCAAUCAGAUCCAGGGUCGGAUGUACCAACAGUAUUUCCAAUUUGGCAAUCAGCCCGUCAACAAUCUGGAUGGCAAAAAGCAUCCGCAGCAAAACAAUCUCAUCGUUGUUGGCAACAAUUGCAAUUCGGAUCGAUUGCAGGUCGUCUGCGACUACGGUCGCUGGGUGCAGGUGGGCAAAUUUGCGACAAACACCAGCGAGGAUGACAUUAUCGAGCACCUGGCCGAGGAGCUAAAGAUCAACAAGAAUCUGGUCAAGUGCACCAAGCUGGUCAAAAACGAUGCCAACCUAUCGCAGCUAUCCUAUUGCAAAUUCAAGAUAUCCAUACCGGACUAUCGUUUCAAUGAGCUGUUCAACGAGGCGAUUUGGCCAAGUGGCGUUAUGGUUAGCCCAUUCACACCACGCUCUCAGCUGAAUCAGAAUCGCAUAUAAAACGAGAGAGACCGAACGGGCGCAGCAGCGAGAGCAAGCCGCAGCGGCAGAGAGCGCGCCUGCGCACCAAUGGGCGACGGGGUGGCUGCCGAGAGAGAGUGUGAGAGUGAGAGUGUAAUGGAGAGAGCGCGCGCGGCUGCUGAAGGAGGAGGGUUGCCUGUGCCGGUCGGUCAGCGACAAUAGCAGCCACAAUAAUAAUAAUAACAACAACAACAACAACAAUACAGUUUUCAUUCGAUAAUGUUUUGUGCCGGGUUGGCUUCACUUUGUAUGCAAAAUUUUUCAACACUGACAACUCGAAACUUUGUCUCAACACUUUUCGAAGCUUAAAGGCAAGAAUUGCAGCCACACAGAUUACUUAAAGAAUUAACUUUGAAAAUGCAAUUUAAAAUGUUUUAGCGUUGCGUAAAAUGAUCGAACAAUUAAUAAGAAUGCAAAAGAAAACCAAAACUUAAUAUUUUUAAAUAAACAAAACAAAACCAAAGUUAAAUACUUAAAUGUGCAGCAGAGUCAAAUAUUAGUCAUUUAUGCAUAACUGUCAUAUUUAAAUUAAACAAAAUGAAACUCAACUAUUAAACCACAAACAAAUAUAUAUAAAUAUUUAAGCUAUUUAAACGAGAGGCACCAAAACCAAGUUUAAUUUAUCUACUUUCUAACAAUCAAAUUUCCCCUUUUCGUUUUUUUUUUUAUUACCUAUUUUAGUGUACUUCCCCGCAAUUCCAAACCAAAGAAGUUUUAAACCAAAGCAUUAGCUUAUAUACAACUUAUUCUCAAUAAGCAUAUUCAGCUAUAUUGUAUUCGUAUUUGCGUAGUUUGAGGCAUUUUCAAAGCUUGUUCCCAAAAAUUUCUAGAAAUUUUGCGAACCACUUAAAUGAACAAUUGCAAAUUGCAAUUUGUAAAACAUAUUCAAAACAAAACUUAUAUGUAUUUCUAUAUUCGAAA